AUGAAGUCGUCUGUUUUCUCCCUUCUACCCUUGCUCUUGACCACAACAGCCCUAGCUUAUCCUGCCUCAAGUAACAGCAGUAUCGCGUCUCCUAGACUGCCACUUGACUUCUACAAGCGUCAGUGUGACUGCUAUGUUGUGUCCGGAUCAGAAACGGUGUACUUUGAGAACUACGCCUUCUGGGACUUCCGAAAGAUCCCUUUGCCUCGUUACGAUAGCAAUGGCAGCAAAGACCGCGCCAACAGGAGAAGGUAUAUCUUCAAUGGAAUUGACAACGACGAAGGCGAUAACGAGGAAGAGAACGUCGAUAAUGAAGAGAACGUUGACGAUGAAGGGAACGUUGACGAUGAAGGGAACGUUGACGAUGAAGAGAACACUGACGAUGGUAUGAAAGCAGUCGGCAAAGAAUUUGACUUCGGUACUCUCCUCUUCUCACAGACUGCAUUCGCAAGGGACUGGAAACCCCAGAAGUGGCACCGCAAAAGCAACAAAUAUGGACCUGUCCCUAUCAUUAACUCACCAGAAAAUAUAUUCUUCGCGAGCAACACCCUAUAUACAAAUGAUUCCGAGUCAACCCACCUCGUGCUGCGAACGACACGGUUCCCUAACCACACGGCGACAGCUGAACUCGAACAUCACCUUCGCAACAUCUUCCACUGCUCCCUACGAGUCCGAAUGCGUGUCAUGACAGUCAGCUCUGUGAACAGAGAGCCAAUGCUGUAUGGCCGCCCAGUGCCGAAAGGAAACACUACAAAAUUAAUGGCAGCCGGAGGUGCCUGUGCGGGUAUCUUCACCUAUCGUUCAUCGACCUGCGAGUCCGACAUCGAGAUCCUGACUUCAGAUCCACCCAAUAUCGUUCGCUACGCUAAUCAGCCCGACUACGACCCCACAACGGAUGCCAUGAUUCCGGGGGCGGCCUCAGUCGGCACACUUUCCCAGCCAUGGACGAACCCAACCACGCACCGCGUCGACUGGCUGCACAAUAUCACUAAAUGGUACGCCGAUGGUGAGAUCAAAGCCUCCAAUACCUAUCAUGUCCCAGAUCAACCGAGCAUGAUGGCAAUCAAUCUCUGGAGUAAUGGGGGUGAGUGGACAGGCGACAUGCCCGUGGGACAGAGCGUGUAUAUAGGAAUUGAGUGGAUCGAGGUGGCCUACAACACGUCAACAAAGGUUAACGGCGCGCCGAGCGAUACUGUACCCUUUCCGAGCCACAAACAUAGGCCUUUUGCGCGGUCCGCAGCGGUAGGACCUGAAGCAGACCAUGAGAGAUUGGCAGAGGAAGUUGAGUUCAUCCAAGGGAAGGAGGGGGCGAGGCAAUGCUUGAGGCCAUGCUUCUUAGACAAUGUUCGCGGUCAGUGA